GGGUACAACACGGGGGUUGUACCGUGGCAGGGCCUGCGCCCUCUUAUGUUUGGAGACGAUGGCAGAGCUGAUAGCCACGGCUCAGGUGCCUCUGACCUCCUCCCGAGGAGCUAUAAGAGCCGAGGGAAGGGCACAGGUCUCCAGUCGGCUGGGAGCAGGAGAGACCUCCAGAAGGGAACAUGGCGGCCCUGCAGGAGAAGAAGACCUGCAGCCAGAGGAUGGAGGAGUUCCGGCACUACUGCUGGAACCCUGACACAGGGCAGAUGCUGGGCCGCACCCCCGCCCGCUGGGUGUGGAUCAGCCUCUACUAUGUGGCCUUCUACGUGGUGAUGACCGGACUCUUUGCGCUGUGCAUCUAUGUGCUGAUGCAGACUAUCGACCCGUAUACACCUGACUACCAGGACCAGCUGAAGUCGCCAGGAGUGACCCUGCGGCCAGAUGUAUAUGGGGACAGAGGCCUGGACAUCUCCUACAAUGCCUCAGAUAACAGCUCCUGGGCGGGCCUGGUGCACAUGCUUCAUACCUUCCUGGCAGGCUACACCCCGGCAUCCCAGAGGGGCAGCAUCAACUGCUCCUCCGAGAAGUACUUCUUCCAGGAGAGCUUCGGGGCCCCAAACCACACCAAGUUCUCCUGCAAGUUCACAGCAGACAUGCUGCAAAACUGCUCCGGCCUGGUAGACCCCAGCUUCGGCUUUGAGGAUGGAAAACCGUGCUUCAUCAUCAAAAUGAACAGGAUCGUCAAGUUCCUCCCCAGCAACAGCACGCCGCCCCGUGUGGACUGUGCCUUCCUGGACGAGCCCCACGGGGACCCCAGGACCCUGCAGGUGGAGUACUACCCACCCAACGGCACCUUCAGUCUACACUACUUCCCCUACUAUGGGAAGAAAGCACAGCCCCACUACAGCAAUCCUCUGGUGGCAGCAAAGUUUCUCAACAUCCCUUGGAACUUGGAAGUCGUCAUCGUGUGCAAGAUCCUCGCUGACCACGUCACCUUCGACAACCCCCACGACCCCUAUGAAGGGAAGGUGGAGUUCAAGCUCAGGAUUCAGAAGUAAAAGUCAGGCCAGCCGCAGUGAACACAGGCCUGCCUCUCCUGCCAAGGCCCUGCCCACCAGAGAACCCCCCAUCACCUCACACACAUGGCAGUGCCAAGAAGCUCUCAGCUCCGGCUCUCGCUACAGUCAUUCCCUAUCAAAUCCACAUACUGCUUUUUCUUUUUGAGUCAAGGUCUCACUAAAUUGUUGGGGCUGGCCUUGAACUUGCCAUCCUCCUGCCUCAGCCUCCUGCGUAGCUAGGAUUUCAGGUAUGCGCCAUUGCACUGGCCCUUUUGCUCUGCUUCAGAAGGAAACUCAGCCAGGAUGAGGUGUGGGGCUCCCGUAGCUGCCCCAAGGCAGUGCUUGUCCUAUGAACCAGGCCCAGGAUCAAGCGGCUCUCCCUCCUCACUGUGACUUUUUUCUCCAGACUUUAACAUGAAUCCCCAUUCACAACACAAAAAACUAUAGACACACUGACAGCAAACAGGGCACACAGCAAUGUACACUCCGAAUUCUGCCUUCUAAAAACCUAUUUCCUAUUACACAUUAAAGUUAUGCUUACUCCAUGUAAAACAGUCAUGUCUUUCCCAACCUGGGAGAACAACUAAAGACCAAACUCUUCCUGCUUUGAAAGCCGCCUUCAUACAAUCUCAGCUGCAGCACAGGGAUGUCUCAAGGUCUUGGGAGUGGGGCAAGAGCAAGAGCCAGUAGCCAUCCUUGGAUAGAACUUGAGCCCCAUUAUUGCACCAGGGUCAGGUCCCAUCCCCUGGGUUGAGUCUCUCCUCCAACACUGCACGCCCACCCUACUCGCCCCCAAACCUGUCCCUGCAGAGGCACAGAGUGGAGGGAGGGCAGAGACAAACAGGACACUCAAUG